AUGAUAACUAUAAUUGUUAUUGAUAUUUUAAGCUAUGAACAAAAAGAAGAAGAGGCGAUUAGGUUCUUGCCAACGGUACCAACUGUUAAAACGACAACGCCCUCGACAACGACAACCUCACCAACAAGAAGAUUGAGUUGCAUAUUUGUUGGCGAUGUGUAUAAUUACGAUAACGACAUCAGCGCUUACGACAAGGAGAAAGAACUGCUUUCUCAAGUAUCGAGAAAAAUCUUCGCGGUUCCCAAAUUAUAUACUCAAUUAGCACUAUGGGCCUACGGUUAUACAAACUACCCCACGAAUAUUCUGAGUACCCUAAAUAAUACUGCAAAAAAUCAGACUGAAUUCGAUGAUUUGAUACAAAAAAUGGGUUACGCAAGUAUCGCUGAACCAAUCUCCACAAGAAAAGCUAUAGAAAUUAUCAACGAAAUGGUGGAAAUACAGCUAAACUGCUUAGUCUUCCUUACUGCACAAAAAGCUACUGACUUGCUUCCAAUAAUAGAUCCCAUAAAUAAGGCUAUCGAGACGAUUGUCGCAGUGGGACUUAGCGAAACGCAGCCGACUUCCAUAGUCCCCGUCGGUGGUAAAGUGGUUUCUGUUCCUUACGAGUUUCACGAUGCACAUGUGGGGAAGAUAGUCGAAGCCAUAACAGAGUCUUUACGAGAGCGAUGA